UGACUGAAGCGCACCGAGUGACCGAGCAACGGCCGCACGGACACUGAGUUUGCGUGCUUAAAACAUGCUCAGUGCGAUAUUGCGCUGCAGCACAAACAAACCCACUCCAUGAAGAGAGUAUAAGCGCACCAACGGAGUGCGCUACACCGCACUCGUACACAACGAAGAAACAAUAGAGAGGAUAUACAAAGAAAGAAACACAAAGAAAAGAAUAAGACAAUACACACUCAACUCUUUAUAUGUGUGUAUAAACCAUAAUAGGCAACAGAGUUAGAGUGCGCACACAUUUCUUAACAACAAAGUCAGAGUGCGCACAUAAACUCAUAACGAAGUGAGUGUAAACGCACAGAGCAGAAAACGACUCUCAGUUGAGUUGCUGAAUACGCUACUGAGCGUGCGCUUAGUCAUCUCUGCUGGUUUAUUCCAGCAGGAAGAUCAACCAGAAAUUGGAAAGUGAAUACUUGGGAAAAGGCUCAAAUCGACGACAAAAGAGGUCUAUUUGGAUACAUAUCAAGGGUGUCGGAAACGUUUUCACUCUCGGGAUUCAACUGUUUGCAGGAUACAAAUUUGAGGACGUCAUUCAUUUGGCUGUCGCGAUAGAGAGUAAAUUGUGUGAAUUAGCAACCGAUUACACGUUGAAACAACCAAAUUGUUCAAUUUAGUACGUUUUCAAGGAUUGCAAAGGUCACCAUUUGAUUGAAAAUGCAGUCAGUUUCAUCAAAGUCACCAAAUCGAAAGCGAUCGCCUGGCAUUUCGAAUGAUCAAGGUCCGAAUCGGCUUUAUUCCAAAGUCCCCAAGCAACGAGUCAUUAGUCAGCUCUAUGGUUCGAUCAAGGGUAUAUACACUUAUUCAACGACCGAUGUGAAUUUCAUUUUCAACAUCAAUGGCCAACAGGAGUUGAUUCCAUCGCAUAAGUGCAUCCUGGCGAAUCGAAGUCCAGUUUUCCGGCAAAUGUUCUACGGUGAAGAAUUUCUCGAGAAAAAUGGCGAUGUGACAAUAGUCGAUGCCACCAUCGACGAAUUUGUGCUGUUUAUCCGGUCAUUUUAUGAAGAUCGAUUGGAAAUCACCGAGGCAAAUAUCCACGGUUUGGCUUAUCUGGCGGAUAAAUACAUCGCAGCUGCGUGUGAGGAAGUUUGCAAGCAUUUCCUUAAUGAAAUACUCGACAAGAAUGAAAUGCUCGACGCAAUUUUUUGGGUGUUACCAUUGGCCAGCCAGUACAAUUACAUGCCUUUGCGACAAAAAUGCAUCCGUAAGGUGACGAUAUCGGGCGUUUUGCUGAUGCUAUGCAGUGAAUUUGUGAACUGUAGUCAAGAGGCUCUUUUGGAGAUACUUCGCAUCGAUUUUUUUGGUCGAGAGGAGAAUAAAGUGUUUGAACGGUGCAUCGCUUGGGCUAAACAUGCCUGUGAAAAAGAGCAACUGGAUCCAGAAUCACCGGAAAAUUUGCGCAUCCAACUUGGUGACUGUUUCAAAUUGAUUCGAUUCCAUUCGAUGUCGUCCAGGGAAUUUGUACAGUGUUUGAGCGUCCACGUUAAGAUGUUUACCAUUGAUGAAAUAGAGCAAAUUUCGAAAGUCAUCGCCGGAAGACUGCGUGCAAGUGACCUAUCCAAAUACUUCAGAAUUCCAUCAAUAUCGGCUCCGAUUCCUCAAGUAUCGGCUCCGAUUCCUCAAGCAUCGACCAACAAAGCGGCUGGCGUGUAUGAGUGCAACACAUCUCUGGCUACAAUGUUCGACGACAAUGCAACAACUGACGUUUUCUUCACAUUUGCCGGCGCUGGAAAUCAACAGCUUGCAGGACACAAGUGUGUUUUAGCGGCUAAAAGCCAUACAUUUGAGAAGCUUUUCAUCGACCUCGACCAAACAAAUAAAAUUCACAUCCUGGAUUCGUCGCUUCAAGAGUUUUCCGUUUUUCUCAAGUCAUUUUACACAAAACCAUCCAUUGACAAUCUGACAAAGGAAUUCGUUGACCAGGUGCUUGCACUGUCUGUGAAGUUUGGCGCGACUGAGUUACACUUGGAAGACUCUUUGCUUGAUGCAUUGAACGAUGCAAAUGUGUUUUGGAUGCUUGAACUGUCGCAAAAUUUCAAAUUGGGCCAUCUCUAUUCGGUGAGCUGUGAUCACAUCAAAUCCGGAGGCAUUGAAAUUCUCUCAACAACUGGCUUUCUGAAUGCACAUCGAGAAAUACUGAAGAUCAUACCAUUUCUACAUGACGAAGCCACAUGUGUUGACAGUCUGCUCAUUUGCAAUGCUUUCAUGAAAUGGGCCGAAGCAUUCUGCGAUCGAAAUAACAUGGACAAAUCGGACGGAAAUCUACGAACAGCAUUUGGUGACGCAUUCGAAUCGAUUCCAUUUGUGAACAUGCGCCUAAUCGAUUUCGCAUUCUUUCAACAUAAAUACGAUGGAAUGUUCUCCAAUGAAGAUGUUCGCAAAAUCAUGAACGAAUUCACGAAAAAAUCAUCAAACCGUGUGAACGCACAUUCGACAUUAGUUGAAGACAAUGACAAUAAUUGAUCGGAAUUAGUUUUUAGUUUAGUUAAGACGUAGAGAAAAAUAGAAAGAUCAGAUUUGAAUAAGUAUUUUCGAGACCGAAAUUUCAUUACAAUAUCGCAAAGCUAGCGAAAAUGCGUGAAUGAAAAUCUAAGAAAAAAAAUAUAUUAUACAUGAGAAGCUUUUACAUAUAACACAAAAUGAUUGUUUGAAAAUAAGUCGAAUAUCCAAUUUCUAUUAUCAUAACAGUGUUUUGUUAAGAACAUCAUCGAGAUUAAAUAAAAACAAAGGAAAUUGAUACAAUGAAAA